AUGGCAUCAUUCUCAAGUUUUCGGUAUCCCGCAAGGUUCGGACCCAGCAAUCUUGGACCACUCUGGACUGCUCUCUUCUACGGAGUUCCCCUAGCCAAUGUCGCCAUCCAUCUCGCCUGGCUGGCUGCCCUCCAUCCCAUUUUCUCUUCGCUCCCAGUCGACCGCAGGCGUCUCUCAGAAUUUCUACACAAGUACUUUAUGCUCAACUCAAGUCAUCCCCGCCUACUCACCUUCUUCACCUCGGCCUUUAGCCAUAUCCAGCCUUUACACCUAUUUGUCAACAUGUCAACGUAUAAAACUUACGUUGAGUCGUUUUACUCACUGGGUGUAUCACCUCUACGUUUUGUUGCGCUAUCCCUCGGGAGUGCAAUCGCCGCUUGUCUUUGUCACAUACUCAACGCCCGGAGAGGACGGGGAGCAAAGAAGAAUGCAGAGAGAACGGCUGUUGGAGCAAGCGGAGCCCUGACUGGUCUCGGCACGGCACUGGCGUGUAUGUUUCCUACAAUGAAGGUUCGUCUUUCCGGAACAAAUCAGGUGCUUCCCUUGCGCGUUGUCGUUCUAGGAAUGUUUGCCGUGGAUGCCUACUGCCUGAGCACUGAGCGAGACACGGGGGUGGGACACGCCGGACACCUUGGAGGCGCAGCUUUUGGCUUAGCAUACUUUCUGUGGAGGAGAGCCACAGGUGCUUUUACUUUAUAA